UUUUUCCCCGUUUGCAGCUUUUCGUUUCUCCCCCCCAAAAAAAAAAUUCUUUCUGCUGAGUGAGUGUAACUUUAUGGCCAGAUACAUGAGGCCUCCAAACACGUCUUUGUUUGUCAGGAACAUCUCCGAUGAGUCCAGAAAAUGUAAAAGCGUCCAGUUGUGGAAACCGACCACAAAGAGUUACAAAGACCCAUAUAGAGUAGCUGUAAAGACCUGCAGGAUCAGAGGGAGGGAAAAGGUUGAAAAGAGAAAGUAAAGCAUGAAGAGGAAAAAGGGAACGGAGACAAAGCUUGGAUUUGGAUAUGGCAGCAAAGAAUGGGGAAAAGAAAAAGAGGUUUAAGAGGAAAAAGCAAGCAGGAAACCCCCCCGAGUCUCUCUGGGAGUCGGUUAAAGAGUGUAAAGAUCAAGAUGAAGUUCAAAGUCAAGCAUGGGCAAAGCAUAUUUGAGGACGUGCGUGAUGCUGAAGAUGCUCUUCACAGCCUGGACAGGAAGUGGGUUUGUGGUCGGCAGAUUGAAAUCCAGUUUGCACAGGGCGACAGAAAGACACCAAAUCAGAUGAAAUCGAAAGAGAGGCAUUCCCCUGGAAGAUCCUCGCGGUACGAUGAUUACGAUCGAGACAGCCGGCGCCGACGGUCACGCAGCCGCAGCUACGACAGAUACAGGUCACGCAGCCCUUCUUACGAUCGCCGCCGCAGACGUUCAGAGAGUCCUCGAGACUCUCGUGGACGGAUGUAUGCGAGAGGGAGGAGCAGGAGCCGCGAGGACGAAAGAUACAAGCAGAGGCCUCGGAGAGCGUCCAGAGAGAGAUCCAGAUCACGCUCCAGGUCCGGCUCUCCACGAGAAACCAUCAAACCGCCGUCCACCUCCCGAUACGCCGAGGAAGAAGUGCGACAGACACAUUCGCCGUCCCGCUCCAGGUCCCGGUCUGCGUCCAGAUCUCGCUCGCGUUCCCGGUCCUGGGCCGGACACAAGUCGGGAGGACGCUAAAGCAGAACCCGCCCCCUCGUUAAACUCUGGUCUGUCAGACGGAGCAGAGCUGGUCGUUUUGUUAAGAAAAGCUGUUUGUUAGACAUGAAUGUAAUGUUCGUUUGUAGAAAGCUUGUUUCCGCGACUUCAUUUUAAGAACAGCGCUGGUCCUCAGCUUGGUUUUUAUAAAUAGUUUUGGUGAUAUUUCUCAUUAGGAACACAAUUCAGCGGUUUCUGCGCUCAGCCUGUCGGGAGGAAUAUACGGUCUUUUUUAUAUAUACAGCCAGUUACUGAUUUUGUUUUCUAAGCCCUAUGCACCCGUUUUUGCUAAACAAUCCCUGACCUUCAGUAUUUUCAGAAAGUAUCGAGUCUGUCAGCGAACCGAAUGCAUCUCCUGUGUGUUUUAUAACAAAUGAUGCACUCUGUACUUUACUGUCGACCAGUUUCACACCUGUUUUUCAACUUUAAGCUUGUUUCACAGUGAUAAUCAUCGCGUUGAAAUGUUGCAUGCUGAGUUACUCUGCAGCAAUAACAGAUUUCAUGUAUUCAGGUUUUAUUUUAAGUUUAGUUUUAUGGGAGAAACUGAGAAAGUUGGAGGUGAGAGUCUGCGGUUUAGUCGAGUACACGAGCGUGGGUGCUAAAAUGCACAGAUGGGAUGCUGUGGUCCUUAAAGUGUUAAAGACUCACACAACAAGCUGACCUGUGUGGUGAUGUUUUCUUUUUGUGCCGUUUCCUGUAAGAGUUGAACCCUGUUUUUGCUUCUUUUUCCCUCCAAAUGAUCGGUUCUCCAAACAGAUGUUUACUUGACCUUGUUUAUCAGAACGACCCGUGUCGCUGCAUGUUUUAUUCUCCUUCAAGCUUUACUAGGAAAAACUGUUAUUUUGAUUAAUAAAUGGGUAACUUUCAGUUAAAGGAAA